AUGAAACUAGCAGAUAUAAUACAAGAGGGCUUGAUUCCAAGUGAACUUCAAAAUGCAUUAUUGAACCAAAAACUGCCAGAAAUAUAUGUAAAUGAAGAUGAAAUCAUUUGUAAUGGAGACAUUAAGGGAAAAAUUACAAUUGCAGCUGCAACAAAUAAGCUCAGACACAAAGAGACUAAAAAACAUUGGUCAAGGUAUGUUUGGAACAACUUUUUACACCCAAGUGUUGCAAGUAAUGUCUGGAAGUUGAUACAAGGAGUAUAUAUUGAUGAUGAUAUAAUGGUAAGUAAAGGAUAUGAGCUUGCAUCUAGGUGUUGUGUUUGUGAAAAAGCACAGGACAGUAUGCAGCACUUACUUUGGGAAUGUACUGCCAGUAUUGAGAUAUGGGAAUGGAUAUCAGGUGUGUUCAAAUUUAAAGUUCCUAAAUCCUUUGAAGAUGUUUGGAAAUGUGCAAAGCAUAAGAGCUCACUCAUUCAGGAAAUAUGGAUUACAGCCUCAUGUGUUAUUCUUAAAGAGAUUUGGUUCCAAAAGAAUAAAGAAUACUUUGAAGAGAUAAAGCCAAAUACUCAGGGUAUUAAAAUAAGAGUACAAAAAUAUGUUCAAGAAGGGGGUAUUAGAAUGAAAGGAUAUAAAUGGAAUCAAGAAUAUGAUGAUAACAUAAUCAGUUUUUUCAACUUGGGGCAAAGAGCAUCAAAAUACCAGUGUAUAAAAGCUUGUUAUUGGAAUCCUCCAACUGCAGGUUAUAUCCUUUUUUGCUGUGAUGGUUCAUCUUUUGGAAACCCAGGAACAACUGGUUUUGGAAUUGUGAUAAGAGAUGAGUUCUGCAAGGUAAUUGGCACUCUGUGUGGGGGAAUUGGAGUAGCAACCAACUACAUAACAGAAAAUUAUGCAGUGGUAUGCGCAGCUGAAUUGGCAAUGGAGUGGGGAUUAACUAAGAUUGUUAUUAGAUCUGAUUCCAAAGCAGUACUGCAAGAUUUUGAAGGAGGUAAGAUUCCUUGGUUCUUAAAAUCCAGAUGGAGGAAGGCAAAAUCCAAGGUUUCUAUUAUACGACUUGACCAUUGUUUCAGAGAAAUCAAUUUUCUCGACAGAUACUGUGGCUAA